AUGCUCGAAGCCUCGCGCGGCUGGCUGCUCGCCCAGCUAUGGGCAGCCAAGCCCUCCUUCAUAUCCAAAAAGCCGCACUUCAACUUCAUUUCUGCUCAUUACAUUUGGAUUUGCAGCCUCACUAUACUGGGCUCUGUACUCAUCUAUGCCACGGCCGGCGGCCAAAUGGCAUACAUUGACGCCCUCUUCUUCGCCAGUGGCGCCAACACCCAGGCCGGCCUCAACACCAUCGACGUCAACCUGCUUAAUACCUUCCAGCAAGCAUGUCUCUACUUUUUUACCAUGACCUCUAACCCCAUCACCAUUCAUUCCUCUGUUGUCUUCCUUCGGUUGUACUGGUUCGAAAAGCGCUUCCAGGGCAUCGUCCGCGAGGCCCGCCAACGGAGAAACACCAUGUCCAAGUCCAAGUCCCGGGCGAGGGACGAGUUGAGCCAGGCCGAGAGGGGUCGCCUAAACGUACGCAAUAUUAAGGUCAUGCACACGAACGGCCACCGGUCUAGAAUGACAAACGAUGGCAUUCUGCUCAGCACCAAGGAGGACGAGGACGGCCGCGUGUCCCCGGGGAGCAACGGCAUCGGUCCAGCCCCGGCACAGCAGUCUCCUAGAGAUCAGACACCCGACCGAGCCUCUGAUCACCAUGACGACGACGCCCAUGGUACGGAUUUGUCGCAAGGCCGGAUCACUUUCGCCCAGCAUGUUUUCAGGAGCGACGGGACGGAACCCGAAGUCAAACUCCCGCCGCCCCAUUCUCCCGCCCACUUGGCCAUUCUCGAGCGCCAACGAAAUGGGCCCGAAGAGACGCUGCGCAUCCCUAACCCUAGAGAUGCCGAGAGAGGCAUGAAGCCAAAGCGAGUCGAGGACAACGCCGCGCCAGAGCCCGAAGACGAAAGAGACGACGGUAUCCCGCACACCCGCGUCGCGGCUGGUGAAACGAACGACAUGUCACAUGGUCUAGGCAACAAUGCGUUCCGUCGGCCGACAAUCAAAAUCGAAGAACCCGAAAGACCUAGAGAGCCCGAGAGAUCGGUCAAGGACGAGAUUGCGGACGAGGCAGAGGUGAUUGGGAGGACCAUCUUCCCGUUCUCGCUGCGCAAGCCAAACCUCCACCGGAAGGGCGACGAGAAAACUCGUGGCGAAGACGGCACCUCUGAAACCCCUCUCGCGAGGGUCAGGAGUCGUACCUUUGACACUAUCAGGACCGCGUUGACACGCGACAAAAUCGAGGACAUGCCGUACCUGAGUUUCACACCCACGAUGGGGCGCAACUCUGCUUUCCCCGGCCUGACGCUGGAGCAGCGAGAGGAGCUAGGCGGCAUCGAGUACCGGUCAUUGAGGACGCUCGCUGUCAUACUGCUGUGUUACUUCUGGGGGUUCUCCCUCUUUGCCGUCACCUGCUUUCUUCCGUGGAUAUACACCAGCUCUAACGCCAAGUACGCGGGCCUCGUCGAGUCAUCCGGGGUCAGCAAAGCCUGGUGGGGUAUAUUCACGGCCAAUUCUGCUUUCAACGACCUGGGUCUCACCUUGACGCCCGACAGCAUGAACUCGUUCAACGACGCGACCUUUAUUCUGCUGAUCAUGUCUUUCUUGAUCAUCAUUGGCAACACAGGCUUCCCCAUUAUGCUGCGCGUCAUCAUCUGGAUCAUGUCCAAGAUUGUACCGAAGGGUACGGGGCUGUGGGAGGAGUUGCGAUUCCUACUGGACCAUCCCCGUCGUUGCUUCACUUUGCUGUUCCCGGCGGGUGCAACCUGGUGGCUCUUCAUCAUCCUCAUCGGCUUGAACGUGCUCGACUUGCUCUUCUUCGUCUUGUUGGAUCUGAAUGAUAAUGCUGUGAGCCAUCUGCCGGUUCACAUCCGCGUUCUGGACGGCAUUUUCCAGGCCGCGUCCACCAGGACCGCUGGUUUCUCGGUCGUCAACAUCUCGCUGCUACACCCCGCUGUGCAGGUUUCAUACAUGAUCAUGAUGUAUAUCUCCGUCUUCCCAAUCGCCAUCUCGAUCCGUCGCACCAACGUGUAUGAAGAGAAAUCUCUCGGUGUAUACCACAGCCCUGAUGAAGACGUGGAGGGCACCAACGAGAACAGCGCCUGGUCUUACGUUGGAACCCAUUUGCGGCGUCAACUGUCUUUCGACCUGUGGUAUGUAUUCCUGGGCCUCUUCAUCCUGGCCAUCACGGAGGGACGCCGGAUCCAGGCCAAAGACUUUGACGUCUACUCCGUCUUGUUCGAGAUCGUGAGUGCGUACGGUACGGUUGGGCUGAGCUUGGGUUACCCUAACAUCAACGCGUCGCUUUGCUCGCAAUUCACCACCGGGGGGAAGCUCAUCAUGAUUGCGAUGCAGAUCCGUGGACGCCACCGUGGUCUGCCGUACGGUCUUGAUCGCGCCGUUCUGCUGCCCAGCGAGUCUCGGUUUGAGAAGGAGGCCGAGGAGGCGCACCCGGUUCUGGUCCGAUCUGCUACUGGCGCAUCGACCGGGACUGCUCUUAGCGCCGCCAGGUCCCACCUGCGGUCAAGAAGAAUGAGCACGAACAGGGGUCAAGGCAACAUCAUCACCCAGUUCCUACACCCGGGACCCGUGAUUCCUCACGAAGACAGCCUUACAGACCUGUCCAGACACACUAGAUCGUUCGCCGUCGACGAGCAUCCUCCCAUGGGCGAGAACAUGAAACGGCGUAACACGGAACCAGCGGAAGAUGAUAUCACGUCCAGCGACAGCGAAACAGCGGGGCCUCCCCGGAGAGUUUUCACCACGCCGGCACACUAG